AUGCCCCAAGACGAGAAUGCCUCGACGCCCGGCCUCCGGCACAACCUCAAAAACCUGCCACCCAUCCACACGGCUGUCGACCAUGCCCCGCAGCCGUCGCGCUGGAGACGCUCGCGCUUCGUGGCACCUGCGCCCGAGCACAAAGCCUCCCCUGCCCCCAGUAAGCUGGAGAACCGCAAGUCGGCCAUGUCUCUGUUCAAUCUUUUCAGCAGGCCCAAGGUCGAAAAGGCCCGCGGCCACCACGAGGCCGGCCUCCCCACAAUCCACGACUACAACUUGUUGCAGGAAAAAUUGGAGAGCAAGCUGGACCUGUCUGGAGCCGUAGCCGAGGACGAUUCCGAUGCCGAAGCGAAAAAGCGCGACCGGAGGGAAAAGAGAGCGUCCUUCAGCUCGAUGAUGGGUGGGCCGGAUCUGACGGAGAAGAUUUACGUGCUGGCCACGUCGGGCUAUCUUCUCCAAUACUCCGGUGAAGGGCCCUCGGAAAGACUUCCUGAGAGAGUAUUACAUUUGGGCAAAGACUCGGCUGCGUUCGUGUGUGACCUGAUUCCUGGAAAGCACUGGGUUCUGCAAAUCUCCCAAGCAACCAACGACGAUGGCACCAUGACCACGCAGCAGCCACCAAAGUCCUUUCUUUCUAGGUUGCGCAUGCAAGGUCCCGCUGUCAAAAAGGUCGCUACGAGCAUGCUGCUCGUGUUUGAGAAUCCGACGGAAAUGGGCGAAUGGUUGGCAGCGCUCCGGUUGGAAAUUGAUAUCCUGGCUGGGAGGAAGUCGAGGAUUGAUGCCGAACGGGAGGUCCAGGAAGCCGCAAACAAGCGUAUGAGCAGGAUAUCUAACCAUAGGUAUCAAAUGCAGCGGGACGCUAGC